GUAUUUCGCUGCUACAAACGGCGCACCAAUGCACCAUACAUUUUUACGUAAUUUGUCAUGGCAGAAGUAAGUUCAUUGAGUGAGUCGGAAAAUUAUGUGGAAAGUGAUUUCGAAACCUCAUCAACAGAAGAGAAAAAGAAGAAAAAUGUUUAUCCCAAGAGGAAAAGAAAGUAUCAUCAUUUAUCCGAGCAUUUUUCCAAGUCGAAGAACAAUGUAAAAGUAAAGUCUAGUUCCACUGCUGGAAAAACUUUUACUUAUCUUGGAAAAACUAGGAAGAAAAAAAAUUCAACUCUUAGUGGUGAUUCCCUUCAACAUUCUUCGCAAUCCGUACAACAGCCACAAACUGUUUCAUCAUUCACUACCCAUCAUUCAGCACAUGACAUAGCGACUGAUGAAUUCCCAUCAGCUAUCAGCCUUGAAGAUCUUGAUAAGCUAAGAAGAGAAGUGAAAAACGACUUAGAAAGCAUGCAGGUAAGACAACAUCGAACAUGGCAAGAACGACAAACAUUUGGUGCAUGGGGACAGCAUGCUAGAAGAAGAAUUUUUACAGAAUAUGUAUCAAGACAGCCACUAUUUCAUUCAAAAUGUGACCAGUGUCAUGGUGAUUUGAACUUCUACGCUGUGAGAUGUAUGACCUGCAAAAGACACCUUUGCCAUCAAUGUGAUGCAAACACACACUCCAGCAUGCCAUUUCAUCGAAGACUGUUGUGUUCUUGCGAAACCCUGGAAACAUUACAGCCCCAUCAUUUUAUCGAUGAAGAAGGAAACAUUAUAACAAAAGAUGUUUGUUUACCAUGCUUUGUGCCUCUUAAAUGCUGUGAUGUAAACUGCCUUGGAUCGAUGUCGCUUACACCUAAUCUCACAGAAUCAAUCGUGGUUGUCACUGAGCAAGGUCGGUUUCUGUUAAAGGGAACUAAUUUUGUUUGUGAUAGUUGCCAUACUGUUAGGAAAGCCACUAUCGACGACUAUAUAUUUUCUGGUUUUUUCCCUGCAAGUUUAUCAGAGAAAGUUACAUAUCUUUUUUCAGAAGAGGCACUUCUAUUAGGGUAUCACAUUUCCCACAAGUGUCCAGGUUCUUCAAAGAACAUGUACGCUCGCACUCUUGAAGACGUAUCUAAAGAAUAUGGACGGAAUGGACCGAUUAACGUACCGUUAUUUACUACUGCGGAAAGAGAGUGGGAAACCUGUCGCCACUAUAUUGACCAAGAAGUGCUGAAAAGAGACAAAACUCAUUGCCCAAGUUGUGGGAAAGAACCUUUAGUCAGAUCUUCUGACGCUAUCGUAAAAUUGAGGCGCUUAAGCUCGGCUGGAAAAGUGCACAAUCCAGAAAACGAAAGAACAAUGGAACAGCCACAGGCGAGGUUUGGAAACUUAGUUAUCAAAUCCGAUACAGAAGUUGAAAAUUUCCGUCAAAGGAUUUACAACAAAGUUUCUACUGUACGCAAUUACAUUUCAUUUGAAACUACUAGAUUUGACAUGCUGGACUACGAUAUGAUUAAUCAUAAUUUUAUAGGAUUUUUAAUUCCCAUAUCUUAUUUUGUAGACAAAAAAGAAACAGAUGUGUGGGGGUCGGCUUUUAAGGCCGCAAGAGAAGACUCCAAUGAACAAAAGAAGUAUGACGAGACUGGGCUCGUCGUUAGCUCCUGCAAGCACUGCGUUGUACCAUACGCAAUCAACAUGUUUAAAGGUGAAUCGUGGACCCAUACUGCAUUUAUGCACAACGAAGCCAUGAAAAGUAACGCCAAAUUCUUCUGCUACGACGUGGUAUGCCAAUACUGGAAAUGGAUGAAAACAAAAGUGGCUCGUCAUUUUCCUGAAUACCGUAAUCUAACAAGUGAAAUGACAGGAAUCUUGCCUAUCAUGCAUAAGAAUGCACAUCAAUUGCCAUGCAAGAUUUUAUGGAAUCCCCGCUGGACAACUGGAAUGGGCUUAACUGGAGGAGAAGAGCACGAGCAAGUUUUCUCCAAAUUGUAUCUAUAUGCUUAUGUGCAGGGUUGGACCACCGCGGUUAAAAUCUACCGCGGUACUACCGCGCGGUAG